AUGGCACCAAAUCGCACUCAAUUACAGAAUCUAGCCCAGAAAGCUAAUGAGUCCUUCAAAGAAUAUGCGCAGAAAUGGCGCGAGUUGGCGGCUAGAGUCCAACCACCUAUGCUGGAAAGAGAGAUGAUGGAUAUGUUCACCAAUACUCUGGAGAGCCAAUACUAUUCUGCAUGCUCUGCAUCCUCGAGUUUCGCUGAUUUGGUUAUGAUUGGUGAACAAAUUGAAAGUGGGAUUAAGGCUGGUAGAAUACAGAAUCCAGGUGCUGCUAGUUCUUCCUCAGGGACAGGUGGAAAGAAGCCAUACAAUGGGUUUGCCAAGAAGAGAGAAGGUGAGACUAGUGCUGCUUACUAUGGUGGAGGCAGAAAUCAGGCUUAUCAACAAGUAGCCGCUGUGACUAUACCAAAUGCUCCCUUCCAACAUCAACAACAAGGGUAUCCGCCGCGUCAGUAUCAGCAACGGCCGAAAUUUCCAGAAAGGGUUUUUGAUCCGAUCCCGAUGACAUAUGCCCAAGUAUUGCCAUAUCUCCUCGAUUUGAAGUUGGUCCAAUUGAGGACUCUGGCCACUCCUGCUAAGUUGCCUGCUAAUUGGGAUGCCAAUGCAAGAUGUGAGUUCCACUCUGGGUCACCUGGACAUAAUAUUGAAAACUGUAAAGCGUUGAAGCAUAAAGUCCAGGAUCUUCUCGACUCUAAAGCCAUCGAGUUUACUCCUACUCAAGGACCUAAUGUUGUUCAGAAUCCUAUGCCUCCCCAUGGAGCUCAUGCGGCAAAUGCCAUUGAGGUUGUUGAAGAUGCUCGCUUGAUCAAAGAUGUGAUAAAAUUGGGCUCUCUAUUACCGUUAUUGAAGGAGGAAUUAUCGAGGAUGGGUCUAUACUCUGGUUGUGGAAAGUUCUGUAUUGAUUGCUUGGCCAUCUCCUCGGUUUGUGAUAAGGUGAAAAGUGGGGUUCAACAGUUGAUAGAUAGUGGGUAUCUACAGUUUGAGCGUGUGCGACAUCUUGAAAUAGUCGAGAAUGAAGUCAAUGUGGCAUCCAUCCCAUAUACUCCUGCCAAGAUUCCAAUUCCUGCCAGAGCACCUCCGUUGGUCAUUACAUUGCCUGGUCCCGUCCCGUAUAACAGUGAAAAAGCAAUCCCAUGGAAUUAUGGGGGGGAAGUUUUCUACCAAGGGGCCAAGUAUGAGGUUAAAGCGCCGGUUGAGAAAGAAGAUAUUGAUAAUGUUGUUGGCAUUGGAAGAAUGACAAGAAGUGGUCGUAUCUUCAAUCCUCCCCAGAAUACUCGCGAUGAUAAUACAUAA